AUGCUUAAAGUGUUAAAGCCGAAGAUUUUAAUUAUUGCGGAGCCUUUUCGUCAGGAUUGUAAACUUGCACGUUGGCAAGGUAUGUUGAAUUUUGAUGCAUCUUAUGCUAAUGGUGAUUCAGGCGGUAAAUUGUGGAUAUUUUGGAAAGAGGAGGUUCAAGUGAAUAUUCUUCAGGAGUCAAAUCAGCAGGUUACUUUUAUAAUUAAUUCUUCAUUACUCAUUUCUGCUGUCUAUGCCAAAUGUAAUUACAUGGAGAGAAGGCAGCUCUGGGAUUGUCUUCUGUCUUUUGGAGUUUUGCAGAUGCCUUGGAUCCUCAUAGGCGAUUUUAAUACUAUCCGUCAUGAUGGGGAGCGAAGAGGAGGAUGUCCGCGUCUGCCAAGGGCAAUGGAAGAAUUUUCCUCUUUUAUUCAAAAUGGUGGGCUGAUUGACGUGCCUUUUUCUGGAAACAAACUGUCUUGGUGUAAUGGGCGUGGAGGUUUGUCUCGUAGUUGGGCUCGUUUGGAUAGGGCUUUGUGUAAUACAAGGCUUUUGGAUAGAUGGUCGACGGUUUCUUUGAAUUAUUUACCUCGUAAAUCGUCAGAUCAUGCGCCUAUAUCGCUUCGGUUGGAGAGCCCGAAUAAAAGGUAUGGUCCUAGCAUUUUUAGAUUCCAACAGAUGUGGACGUUGCAUGAAGGUUUUGGGGAGUUUGUUCAUAAUCUAUGGAAGGAGGAAGUGGAGGGAGCUGCUUUGCAGACUAGGAAGAGGAAUAUUAUUAACUCGAUGAAACUCCCUGAUGGUAGAAUGCUAUCUAUGCCGAAAGAGAUUCAUAAUGAAGCGGUAGUUCACUUUGCUGAGUUUUUGAGUCGCAGGGUUUCGGAGUCGGUGCUUAGUUUAUCAGAUAUAAUCCAAGAAGAGGUGAGGGAAGCGGAAAAUUUGAAUUUAUGUCGGAGCCCAACAAAGCAAGAAAUUCAAGAUGCUUUGUUUGAUAUCCCGAUUACUAGCAGCCCGGGCCCAGAUGGUUUUACUUCUGGUUUUUUUCAACAUUGUUGGGAUUUUGUUCAGACAGACUUGGUAGAGGCAGUCAAGGACUUUUUUGCAGGUACUGCUUUUCCGAGGUAUUACACCGCUUCCUUUAUUGUUUUAAUUCCGAAAGUGCCGGACCCAAGUUCCUUUGAUAAAUUUAGGCCUAUUAGCCUAUGCUCGGUUGUGUAUAAAAUAUGUUCUAAGCUGAUUGUGAAUCGAUUAUCUGCUGUUUUGUGUCGCUUGGUUUCUGAAGAGCAAGGAGCCUUUCUGCCUGGCAAAAGUAUUUUUGAGAACAUAAGCCUUACUCAGGAACUGGCUGGUAGGGGUCUUCGCCAGGGGGACCCUUUAUCCCCUUAUUUAUUUAUUUUGGUGGAGGAGGUGUUUUCUAGAUUAUUGCGGAAGAAAGUUCAGGAUGGGACUAUUGGACACUAUUUACAGCCUAGAAAAGGCCCUUUAAUAUCCCAUCUGCUUUAUGCGGACGAUAUGGUCAUCUUUUCGACUGGUAGAAAGAAAGAUGUGAGGAGCAUCUUAGAAGUUCUUGAUAUCUAUGCCCAGUGGUCUGGUCAAGUAGUCAACGCCUCGAAAUCUUCUAUUUUUUUUUCUAACCGUAUUCCAGAUGCUAGGCGUCAUGAGCUGAUUCGGAUUUCUGGUUUUUCGUUGGGGAUUUUCCCGACGCGUUAUUUGGGGGUUCCUAUUUUCCCUGGUAAGGUUAAAGCUUGGUAUUUUGAUGAUUUGUUAGUUAAAAUUUCUAAAAAGAUUGAGGGUUGGAAGAUGAGAUACCUUUCUGCUGGUGCCAGAUUACUUCUGAUUAAGCACGUUCUUUCAAGUUUGCCGGUGCAUUUAUUAUCAGUCUUACCUGUUCCCAAGCAAAUUUUUGGGAAGAUCAACCGUCUUUUUAGCACGUUUUUCUGGGGUGCGUCUGAUGGAAAGCCAAAGAGGAAAUGGGUGAGUUGGGAUUCGGUUUGUAGGCCCGUGGAUGAAGGCGGUGUGGGGAUCAGAAAUAUUAUGGAUGUUUACAGCUCUCUUCAAUCCAAAUUUGCCUGGAAAUUCCUCUCGGAGGAUUCCUUAUGGUCUCGUUUCUUUAAAGCAAAAUACGUGAAAAACCACCAUAUUUCCCUUGUGGAUUCCUCUAAAGGCUCUAGAUUUUGGAAAAUGCUUAUUAAUUCCGUUCCCCUGGUUAUUGACAAGUCCGUUUGGCGUGUCAAGGAUGGGAACCUAUCAUUUUGGCGGGACAAGUGGAUGGAUUCGGGUCCUUUAUGUCAGAAGAUUCAGAUAUCUGAUUUGCCGUUAUUGAAAAUAAAAGAUUGCAUGGUUGAACAUAGUUGGGAUGUGGACUUGGUUGUUCAGCUAGUGGGUCAAGAGGUUGCUGAUGAUAUUUUUUCUCAGGUUGAUGGAACUAAACCAGGAAUGGAUCGGUUAAUUUGGCUUGGCAAUAGGGAUGGGAGAUUUUCAACAAAAAGUGUUUGGGACUGGCUUCGUGUUUCGGUUUCAAAGCACCAAUGGACGAACUGGAUCUGGCACUCUGCUCUACCAAAAAAAAUUUCAGUUAUUAUGUGGAAGGCAAUGACUAAUAGCUUGAGUGUGGACGACCGGAUAAGGCGUAUUGGUGUCUCUAUAGCCUCAAAAUGUGAAUGUUGUCCACAGGGUGCCGUUGAGGACUUGGAUCAUGUGCUUUAUAGUGGCAAGAUUGCGGCUAACCUUUGGAAAAUGUGCUCUAGCUUCCUGGGUAUACCUUAUGUGGCUACUAGGUCUUGGUUAAGUACUGUUGAAGCUUGGUUUCGUAGAUCCAAAAAAUCUACAAAGGUUGGUAAUUUGAUUGGGUUGAUUCCUUGUAUCAUUACUUGGAAUUUAUGGAUAUGGAGAUGUUCGGCCCGUAUGGAGGGACAAAAAGAUUGCUUUAAUGUUUUGUGGCGGAAGGUUAAAUACUGGAUUCAUUGGGUUGGUUUGAGGCUCAGGGAUACAGGUAAUCUGCAUCAUCGUGAUCAAGCAAUUCUUAAAGAAUUAAAUCUGCCCACUGUUUCUCCUGCGAAAAGUAAAUUCACUGCCGUUGCUUGGGCGAAGCCAGAGCUGGGUUGGUUCAAAUUAAAUACGGAUGGCAGUAGUUUGGAGAAUCCGGGGAUAUCAGGUGCAGGGGGUCUGAUUAGAAACCAUAAAGGUAAUUUAGUCUUUGCUUUUUCGGAAUAUAUUGGUAUUGGUACUAAUAAUAAAGCAGAAUUAUUGGGGGUCCUUAUUGGUUUGCGAAAAUGUAAGGCGAUGGGUUUACAUAAUAUUGUUGUUGAACUGGACUCAUCUUUGCUUGUGAAUUGGCUCGAGAAAGGUAGUUGUCGGGUUUGGUAUUUGGAGGAUUUUUGGGAGGAAAUAGUUAUUCUUCUCAGUGGCCUGAAUUCUCGGUUUAACCAUGUGCUUAGAGAGGGUAACCAAGCUGCGGACUGGCUCAGUAAACGUGGUAGUGCAGGGAUUACGCAAGAUUAUACUUCGAAUAAUAUUCCCAAGGAGCUCAAAGGUAUUUUACGGGUCGAUAAAUGUGGUCUACCUUGCUUAAGAAUAAAGUGA